AUGGGAAGCAGUGAGCCGGGUCUGGCCAGCUCUGACUCUGGAGCCCACGCUGAGCCACUGAGCUCCAGCCCAGGACCGUGCGAUAGUCCCUUUCCUGCCACUUCUCUCUGUGCUGCUUUGGGGCGCUCUCCUGUGGCUGGCUGGACCUUCACCCUGGGGGUGCUGGGUCCCUGGGACUGUGACCCCAUCUUUGCUCAGGCCCUCCCCAAUGUGGUUGCCCAGCUGGCUGUGAACCAAGCCAACCAGGAUUCCUCACUGACACUGGGCUCACAGCUGACUUCCGUGGUUCUUCCCAUGGGCUGUGACACCUCUAGUGCCCUGGCCACAUUCCUGGCCCAUAAGAACACUGUAGCUGUUUUUGUGGGCCCUGUCAAUCCUGGUUACUGCCCAGCAGCAGCCCUGCUGGCCCAAGGCUGGGGAAAGACCCUCUUCCCAGCCUUGGUGUGUGGGGUUCCAGAGGGAGGAGGUGUGCUGGUGCCCACCUUGCCUUCGGCUGCCCACGUGCUGCUGUCCGUCAUGAGACACUUUGGCUGGGCUCAUGUGGCCAUUGUGUCCUCCCACCAGGACAUCUGGUUGGCUACUGCCCGGUAGGUGGCCAUGACUCUCAGGGCAUACGGGCUGCCUGUGGGGCUGGUGACCUCUCUGGGACCCAGGGAGCAGGGGGCCACAGAGGUCCUGAAGCAGCUCUGCAGCGUGGAUGGUCUGAAAAUCGCGGUGCUGUGCACGUGCUUGGCGCUCCUGGGCGGCUCUGAGCAGCCCGUCCUGCUGAGCCGGGCAGGGGCUCGGGGCCUGGCAGACGGGAGGCUGGCCUUCCUGCCCUACGACAUGCUGCUCUUCGCCUUGCCCUACUGCAACCGCUCCUACCCGGCCCUGGGCAACGGCAGGCACCUGCAGGAGGCCUGCGGUGCGGUGCUGUCAACCUGGAGUCCGGCCUCAGACACAAGGACUUCGAAGCUGCCGGGGCCGGCAGAGAGCUUGGGGCCUGAUCACGUGUCCCCACUCUUUGGAACCAUCUAUGAUGCUGUUGUCCUGCUGGCCCAUGCCCUGAACAGCUCUGAGAACCACGGGGCAGGACUCUCAGGGACCCACUUAGGGGACCACACAGGGUCUCUGGAUGUGGCUGGCUUUAGCCAGAGGAUCCGGACAGAUGAGAAAGGCAGGAGGCUGGCUCAGUAUGUCAUUUUGAACACAGAUGGUCGGGGAAGCCAGCUGGUCCCCACUCACAUCCUGGACACAGGCACAUGGCAAGUGCAGCCCCUGGGCAGGGCCAUACACUUUCCAGGAGGAGCCCCUCUGGUACUUGACUCCAGCUGCUGGUUUGACCCUAAUACUCUCUGCAUGAGAGGUAAUGGCAACCCCAUCCUCCCCGAGGCUCAGGCACCCUCGUCUCCUCACACCCCACACCCAGCCUGUUACUGCAGCGGCCUCCCCGCAGGCCUCCCUGCUUUUGCUCUUGUCCUGGACCUCACCGUGGCAGGUUGGAGGAUCCUCGGAAAACACAGUCAGAUCUGGCUCUCCCCUGCUCAGAGCCUGCAGAUGCUCCCGUUGCCCGGAGGAGAGUGGGUGUGGCUGAAGAAGUUGGAAGCUGGCACAGCCCCUGAGCUGUGGCCGAGCUGCCUCAGCCUCCUGAGAAAGAUGCGGGAGCUGCGGCAUGAGAACAUUGCCACCUUCCUGGGCUUCUUUGUGGCCCCUGGGGUCAGUGCUCUUGUGUUGGAGCACUGUGCCCGGGGCAGCCUGGAGGAUCUGCUGCGGAAUGAGGCUCUGCGGCUGGACUGGACUUUCAAGGCCUCCCUGGUGCUGGAUAUGAUCCGUGGAGUGCGGUAUCUGCACCAUCGGCAUUUCCCUCAUGGCCGCCUCAAGUCCUGAAACUGUGUGGUGGCUGGACGCUUUGUGCUGAAGGUCACUGACCAUGGUUAUGCAGAGCUCCUGGACGCUCAGCGGACUCCCCGCCCCCGGCCAGCCCCGGAAGAGCUGCUGUGGACGGCUCCGGAGCUGCUGCGGGGGCCCGGGGAACCCGGGCGGGGCACCCUCAAAGGAGACACCUUCAGCAUCGGCAUCAUCCUGCAGUAGAUGCUGACUUUGGGCCCCCUCUAUGGUUCCCCAGGGCUCUCAGCGGAAGAAGUCAUCAGGAAGGUGGUGUCUCCCCCUCUCCUGUGCCGGCCACUGGUGUCUCCUGACCACGGACCACCUGAGUGCAUCCAGCUGAUGGAGCAGUGCUGGGAGGAGGCUCCGGAGGACAGACCCAACCUGGACCAGAUCUGUACCCAGUUCAAAAGCAUCAACCAAGGCAAGAAGACCAGUGUUGCUGACUCUAUGCUGCAGAUGCUGGAGAAGUAUUCCCAGAACCUGGAGGACCUGAUCCAGGAGUGGACUGAGGAGCUGGGGUUGGAGAGACAGAAGACGGAAAGGUUGCUCUCUCAGAUGCUCCUGCCGUCUGUGGCUGAAGCUCUGAAAAUGGGGGCGACUGUGGAGCCAGAGUACUUUGACCAGGUUACCAUAUACUUCAGUGACACUGUAGGCUUUACCACCAUCUCAGCCCUGAGUGAGCCCAUUGAGGUGGUGGGCUUGCUCAAUGACCUCUACACACUGUUUGAUGCUGUUCUGGGCAACCAUGACGUGUAUAAGGUGGAGACCAUCGGGGAUUCCUAAAUGGUGGCAGUGGGGCUGCCCCGGCGCAACAGGAGCCAGCAUGCAGCUGAGAUCACCAACAUGGCCUUGGACAUCCUCAGCUCUGUGGGCGACUUCCGGAUGAGGCAUGCGCCCACUGUGCCCAUUCGCAUCAGGGUUGGCCCGCAUUCAGGAGCCUGCAUGGCGGGGGUUGUGGGUCUCACCAUGCCUCAGUACUGCCUCUUUGGGGACACAGUUAACACCGCAUCCCGGAUGGAGUCUACAGGGCUACCAUACAGAAUUCAUGUCUGCAUAAGCACCGCCUAGACACUGCUCAGCCUGGAUGAAGGCUACAAAAUUGAUAUCAGAGGCCAGAAUGAGCUAAAGGGGAGGGGCUUCAAGGAGACCUACUGGCUGGUGAGGAAGGCGGGCUUCCCCAGACCCCUCCCCACACCUCUGGACAUCAAACCCUGGCCACCUCCUUGCAGUGGUUAAGAAUCCACCUGCCAAUGCAGGGGACACGGG